AUGUACGUUAAUCGGAACUUUGUGGCUUUCGUUUCGGACGAGAACUACAUGAAAAUCGCUAUCGACACGUUGGAGGAGCUGGAUUGGGUGCUGGACCAGUUGGAGACCAUGCAAACGCAUCGGUCAGUAAGCGACAUGGCGAGCAGCAAGACUUUCGAGAGAGCAGUUUGGCUGUUUCCGUCGAAAAAGAACGUACUAGAUUCCGUCGCGGGAUUGCUUCAGUAUCGUAGCGUGCCAAUUCAGCGAUACCGAUACGAGAACUAG